AAAAGCGGCCGGGCUGAGUGAUAGGAGAUUCGGCCUAUGAAGAAUGGGCGGGGCUACACGAUGAGUGAUAGGAAUCUACCGCCUAUGGUGGGAGAGUGGGCGGGGCUUUUCCUAGUCGUCAUGUUACUGCAGCUGUCUUUACCCAUAAUCCCAUGCGUUCUGCAGAGGGUGACCCGGAAAUACUGCCCGGCCACUUCCUGUACACGGAGCACCGCCCCCGGUCUCAUCUGCUGCUGCUGCCUCCUACAGGAGGAGGAGUAUAUAGAGGAACACAGGGAUCUGUACAAGGACAUGAUGAUGGAGAAUCACCGGCCCCUCACAUCACUGGGUAAGAGGAGACUGUCAUGUAUUGUACAAGGGAGAGCAGAUGAGCCCAGUAACAGAGAUACCCCAGAGAGAUGUCCCCGUCCUCUGUAUUCCCAGGACUGUACAGAGGAGAAUCACAGGAUCCCACAGGAGGAUCAGGUAGAACGUCUGUCUGAUAUUAAGGCAGAAGAUACAGAGGGAGAAGAAGAGACGUAUGUGACUGAUAUAAAGGCAGAAGAUACAGAGGGAGAAGAAGAGACGUAUGUGACUGAUAUAAAGGCAGAAGAUAUAGAGGGAGAAGAAGAGACGUAUGUGACUGAUAUAAAGGCAGAAGAUAUAGAGGGAGAAGAAGAGACGUAUGUGACUGAUAUAAAGGCAGAAGAUAUAGAGGGAGAAGAAGAGACGUAUGUGACUGAUAUAAAGGCAGAAGAUAUAGAGGGAGAAGAGACGUAUGUGACUGAUAUAAAGGCAGAAGAUACAGAGAGAGAAGAAGAGACGUAUGUGACUGAUAUAAAGGCAGAAGAUACAGAGAGAGAAGAAGAGACGUAUGUGACUGAUAUAAAGGCAGAAGAUAUAGAGGGAGAAGAAGAGACGUAUGUGACUGAUAUAAAGGCAGAAGAUAUAGAGGGAGAAGAAGAGAUGUAUGUGACUGAUAUAAAGGCAGAAGAUAUAGAGGGAGAAGAAGAGAUGUAUGUGACUGAUAUAAAGGCAGAAGAUAUAGAGGGAGAAGAAGAGACAUAUGUGACUGAUAUAAAGGCAGAAGAUAUAGAGGGAGAAGAAGAGACGUAUGUGACUGAUAUAAAGGCAGAAGAUACAGAGAGAGAAGAAGAGACGUAUGUGACUGAUAUAAAGGCAGAAGAUACAGAGGGAGAAGAAGAGACGUGUGUGAGGGGUGAUCAGCAGUGUAAGGAGGAGGAGAUCCCUACAGAUAUCAGCACAGCAGAUGGACACAAAAGCAGGAAUAUCUCAAAAGGACAUCUAAUGUUAUCCCCGGAUUGUGAAAUAAAAGAUAAUGACAGUAGACAGGAUUCUCCAGGGGCUAACCCCAUUACCCAAAUUAUACAUCCAGCUCUAUCAGCUGAUCCCUCUGAUCCUUGGAAAUGUUCUUCUGAUCAAUCCGAUAUUGGUGCGUCUGUUACAGCUCUGAGAGUAGAUACAGUGUUUCCCUGUUCUACAGAUGCCAAAUGUUUUACACAGAACACAAAGCCUAUUAACCCACAGACAGGUAAGGCAGGGGAGAUGCCAUUUCCAUGUUCUGAGUGUGGGAAAUGUUUUACACACAAAUCACAUCUUGUUCUACAUCAGAGAAUUCACACAGGUGAGAAACCAUUUCCAUGUUCUGAGUGUGGGAAAUGUUUUACGCAGAAAUCACAUCUUGUUACACAUCAGAGAACUCACACAGGUGAGAAACCAUUUCCAUGUUCUGAGUGUGGGAAAUGUUUUACACGGAAAUCAGAUCUUAUUACACAUCAGCGAAGUCACACAGGUGUGGAGCCAUUUCCAUGUUCUGAGUGUGGGAAAUGUUUUACACAAAAAUCAGAUCUUGUUCUACAUCAGAGAACUCACACAGGUGAGAAGCCAUUUCCAUGUUCUGAGUGUGGGAAAUGUUUUACACAGAAAUCAGAUGUUGUUCUACAUCAGAGAAUUCACACAGGUGAGAAGCCAUUUCCAUGUUCUGAGUGUGGGAAAUGUUUUACACAGAAAUCACAUCUUGUUACACAUCAGCGAACUCACACAGGUGAGAAACCAUUUCCAUGUUCUGAGUGUGGAAAAUGUUUUACCUGGAAAUCACAACUUAUUAUACAUCAGCAAAGUCACACAGGUGAGAAGCCAUUUCCGUGUUCAGCAUGUGGGAAAUGUUUUACAUACAAACCAGCUCUUGUUGCACAUAAGAACAGUCACACAGAUACAUCUCCGUUUUCAUGUCCUGAGUGCGGGAAAUGUUUUACCUGGAAAUCACACCUUGUUACACAUCAGCGAAGUCACACAGGUGAGAAGCCAUUUCCAUGUUCUGCAUGUGGAAAAUGUUUUGCAUACAAAUCAGAUCUUGUUCUACAUCAGAGAAGUCACACAGGUGAGAAGCCAUUUUCUUGCUCUGAGUGUGGGAAAUGUUUUACACGGAAAGCGGAUCUUGUUAUACAUCAGCGAAGUCACACAGGUGAGAAGCCAUUUCCAUGUUCUGAGUGUGGGAAAUGUUUUGCACACAAAUCACAUCUUGUUACACAUCAGAGAACUCACACAGGUAAGAAACCAUUUCCAUGUUCUGAGUGUGGGAAAUGCUUUACACGGAAAUCAGAUCUUAUUACACAACAGCGAAGUCACACAGGUGAGGAGCCAUUUCCAUGUUCUGAGUGUGGGAAAUGUUUUACACAGAAAUCAGAUCUUGUUCUACAUCAGCGAAGUCACACAGGUGAGAGGCCAUUUCCAUACUCAGAAAUAAAUUAGCUCUUGCAUACAAUAGACAUCACUCAGGUGAGGAACCAUUUUAUUCUUGAUUAUACUUAUCAUUGCCAUGUAAUGUUCUGCAAGGUUCUUAUCCUAUCUUCUAUGCUUUUUGCAAUAUAUAUGCUACCGCAAGGUGAAAUAAUCAGAUGUCAUGCCCUCAUCUACCACUGCUAUACAGAUGACCUGUCUUUUUCUCCGGGUACUGAGAACCCAAUACCAAUCCUAAAUGUCUAGCUGAGCUCCAGGUGUGGGUGAUGUCAGUUGGCUCUGACUCAGUACUGGUGAAACAGGUCCUUAUGAUAGAAGCUCACCAACAAAGGGAAGGGCUACAGCUCAGCUUUACCUACCAACCAGACUUACGCUUGUGGGUACAGAGUUACAAAAUGCGGAUCAUGUGCGGAAUCUUGGUGUCCUGGAUGGUGGAGUGAUACUUAAACAUCAGGUGUCAGCCACAAUCAGAUCCUCAUCUGAGAAACAUAGCCAGACUCCAGCACUUAUUUCCCUCAGAAGAUCUACCUACAGUCAUACAUGCACUUGUAUCAUCACACAUAGACUACUGCAAUGUCUAUCUGGGUCUCCCAGCAAAAGAAAUUGCAGUCUACAGAAUGCAGCAGCCAGGCUGUUACCUAACCAGCCCGUUCCUGCCACAUAACACCCAUUCUCUGCUCCCUUCACCUGCUGCCUGUAAGAUGGUGACUGUUACAUUAUCCGACUCUCCCAGCCCUACGUGACCAGGGUUCAUGGUACCAGAAGUAACUUCUGUGUCCUUACUGCCCUGGUUACUUCCAUCUGCAGAUUAAGGACUAUUACCAGCAGUACCAAGAAUCCCCAAGCAGUGCUGAGAUGUCAGGGGGGAGACAGUGUGGGGGGGAGACAGGGCUUUGGCAGUAGUGGGGCUGAGACAGGGCUUUGGCAGUAGUGGGGGGGAGACAGGGCUUUGGCAUUAGUGGGGAGACAAGGCGGGUGGCAGUAGUGGGGGGAGACAGGGCGGAUGGCCGCAGUGCAGUACCAGGGGCUGCUGGAGGCAGUAAAGAGAUGUAUGGGUCCCGCACAGAACUAGUUGAUGACUAAACUUAAUGAUCAUGCUUCCUUAUUUCUAAUACCUUGUAUAUGAUAAUUUAUUGUAAUUUGCUGUGUCAGCCUUUAUGUGUGUUCUGUGUAAUAAUCCUGAAAGUAGUGCUGCUACCGAUCUCAUCAUUUGAAUUAACUUGCAAAAAAUGAGGAAAAUAUUAGAUAUGAGGUUUUCUCUGAAAGCUUAUAGGGGGUUUAUCAGAGAUGAACACAGAUGUGACAUUACGCAGCCCCGCGGACGAUGGUACCGGCCUGCGUUAACUCUCCAGGGAUGUGACCGCAAUGUGUGUGUCGGCACGGCUGCUGCCACCACCAGUAAACUGCUGACGGCCGCUAUCGCGGCUGGGUCUGAAUGACCCCCAGAGGCUGUUGUGCAUUGAGUAUUUUUUCAGUUUCAAAUAUAGCCAAAAUGUGUGUAUUAAAGAUAUGAAAUAAAGUAGUUUAAAAGCAAAA